AUGGGCAGCAAACGCGACGCGACGUCGCACAGCGACGACGUAACGGACGGCGAUCCGCCAUGUUCCCCGCCGCUGCCGCUGCCGCCGACCGCCAACCGAUCCACUCACUUCAGCAUCGACAGUAUCUUAUCGAAGUCCGUGCUAUCGCCAACGUGCUCACCCGCCACCGCCGUCGCUGAGAGUGGAGAAACGCCGAGAGAAGCUCUCUACGAAAGAAUCCGGUCACGGUCUCCGUCUACGAGCGACGGUCUGCUCUCGUCGGACAGACUGCCGAGUACCAGCGACGACAGGGUCGACACUCAGCACGCGUCUGACGAGCGAAAGAAGCGCCCUCGCACGGCGUUCACGGCCGCUCAGGUGAAAGCACUGGAAACCGAGUUUGAAAAGAAUAAAUAUCUCUCCGUUUCGAAACGAAUGCAGCUUUCAAAGAGUCUGAAACUCACAGAGACGCAGAUAAAAAUAUGGUUUCAAAAUCGACGUACGAAGUGGAAGCGGAAGUACACGAACAAUCUCGAACUGAUGGCGCAUCAGUACUACUCGAGUGUAGGGGCGCCACCUCCGCGACAAAUGUACGUCGGCGACAGAUUCUGGCUUUUCAACCACGCCUACGCACCUCCGACUGCCCCCGGCGUCGGCAGCCUAGGCCUGCCCUACUACUGGCCGCUACAGCAGUUCGGCUUACCCGCCGGUGCUGCCCCUCACGGCGGACUGUUCCCUUACCGAGGCGUAGCGCCCUCUAGUAGCGGCGUUGCACAUCCAUGCCCUCCUACAGCGCGUCCGGCGCAGGUCCCUCCACCGUGAUCAGGGUAGGACCUCUCCCGUGAACAGGGUAUAACCUCCCCCGUGAUCAGGGUAUAACCUCUUCCGUGAGCAGAGUAUAACCUCCCCCGUGAUCAGGGUAUAACCUCCUCCGUGAGCAGGGUAUAACCUCCCCCGUGAUCAGGGUAUAACCUCCCUCGUGAGCAGGGUAUAA